AAACAACGAUAGUAAAACUAGCACGUGUUUUUCACGUUUCUUAAAUUUUUAAAAUUUAAAAACAUAUAAAUAUGGAAAUGUUUUUCGAAAAAUUAUUACUAGUUAAAGUUUGAAGCUUUUAAUUUACAAUGAUAUCUAAGAUUGCCCUUCUGCUUGCUGCUGUCGCAGCUGCACAAGCUUCUAUUAUUGCACCAGGACUUUUGUCACCUAUUGCAGCCAUCCCCACAGCAGUCAAGACUGGCUCCAUUGUAGCAAUCCCUGGUGCCACCUCAGUCGACAACAGAGUAAUUGCAUCCAAUGGCUUGGUUGGUACCACAGCAGUCAAAACUGGAUCAGUUGUAUCUCACUUGGCCUCUGGUUUAGUUGGUGCUUCAUUGCUCAACUCUGGAUUGCUCGGCUCACCCAUCAUAGGAAAUGGAUUGAUCGGCUCCCCCAUCAUAGGAAAUGGAUUGAUCGGAGCCCCACUGCUCAACACUGGAUUGAUUGGAGCAUCUGCUUUAGGAAAGGGAUUGGUUGGAGCUCCACUGCUCAACACUGGUUUGAUUGGUACAAUCGGUUCCGGUUCUGUAGUUUCCAUUCCUGGUGCCACUUCAGUUGAUAGCAGAAUGAUUGCAACGAAUGGUAUUCUUGGUAUCACCAAAACUGCAAAGACUGGAUCAGUCGUCUCCAUUCCAGGUGCUACCACAAUCGAUUCAAGAAUUAUUGGAACUCCUGGAAUUUUGGGAUCUCCAAUGCUCAAUAAAGGUUUGCUAGGUGUUCCAAUGAUGGGAUCUGGAUUGAUUGGUUCACCCAUGGCAAUCAGCUCUGGAUUAAUUGCUCCUGGACUUCUUGGUCUUAAAACAAUUAUGUAAAUUGAUUUAUGACAUAUUGGUUAAUAGUUUAUUUGAAUUCUUUACCUUUUAAUAAAUUGUAAAUAAAAUAUUUCAAUUCAA